AUGAUGGAAGAAAUCUCCAUAAUGGUGGCUUACGAUGCCCAUGUUUUUAGCCAGCUGUACGAUGAAGACUUUCUGGCCAAUCUGGUGGCAGUCAGCAAACCCAAAUCUGUGGUGCCAACAAAAAAGCUGAAGAAAUAUGAGAGAGAGUACCAAACAAUGCGAGAGAGUCAGCUGCAGCAGGAAGAUCCUAUGGACAGAUACAAGAGGGAAAACCGCAGGCUCCAAGAAGCAAGCAUGCGGCUGGAGCAGGAGAACGAUGACCUUGCCCAUGAGCUUGUAACAAGCAAAAUCGCCUUACGAAAUGACCUGGACCAGGCUGAAGACAAAGCGGAUGUUUUGAAUAAGGAACUUCUCCUGACCAAACAGAAGCUAGUAGAGACUGAAGAAGAGAAACGGAAGCAGGAAGAGGAAACUGCUCAGCUGAAGGAAGUCUUCAGGAAGCAGCUAGAGAAGGCAGAAUCUGAGAUCAAGAAAACCACAGCCAUUAUUGCAGAGUAUAAACAGAUUUGUUCCCAGCUGAGUACCAGGCUGGAAAAACAACAAGCGGCCAGUAAAGAUGAACUGGAAGUUGUGAAGGGUAAAGUGAUGGCCUGCAAACACUGCAGUGAGAUUUUCAGUAAGGAGGGGGCACUGAAGCUGCCUGCUGUGAGUAUGGAGAAUAAAGGCAUAGAAGCAGAUGACGAGAAGGAUGCACUGAAGAAGCAGCUGAGAGAGAUGGAGCUGGAACUUGCACAGACCAAACUGCAGCUUGUGGAAGCCAAGUGCAAAAUUCAGGAGCUGGAGCACCAGAGAGGAGCCCUUAUGAAUGAAAUCCAAGCUGCCAAAAACUCUUGGUUUAGCAAAACCCUGAACUCUAUCAAAACGGCCACAGGCACACAGCCACCACAGCAGCCUCAGCCGCCCCUGCCACCCAAAGAGGGCAGUACAUAGUUCCAGCCAGACCCGAUACAAGAGCACAAAGAACACCACAGCUGAAACCCUGGAGGAGUCUUCCAGUGGUCUCUCCUCUUGGGGAAAGGACAAAAGGCAGGAGUGCAGGCUUGAAGUGAAAUUCUUCGGUGUUUCUCAUUCAUUCUGAUGUGACCCUUUUCAAAGGGGAAAAAAAAUAAUUCCUGUUUUAUGUUGAAUUCUUACUUCCCAAACUGCCUUGCUGAAAGCCACGUUCUGAUACCUUCAUACUUUUACACUUUAUUUUAUAUGACUAGAUGUUAAAUAAAUACUUCAAAACUAGGUCUUUAAUACAUGACUAAUUAUUCAAAAUUAUUUUUAUCUUGCAUAGAAGGUUUUUUCUUCUUCUGGAGGAAGAGAGAAUGGAAAAUGUAAAGUACUGAAGCAUAAUCUCUUCAUAGAAAGCACAGUGUAAUAAGUACUAGCGUGUGUGCGGGUGUCUAGGAUAACUUACGCCCUGGGACCAUCAGAGAAGUUUAUCGCAGUGACUGCGUCCUGCAGAGAAGCACUUUUUGUAAAGCUUAGGCCAUAGCAAAGAUAGUCUUGUGCUCUCUUGGCACAAUUGUUUAUGAGCUUCCCUGGUAAUUUCUUAGUUUUGAUUGUUUUUCCUUCAGAAAUGCAAGUAGUGCAGUUCUUUGUAGCAUUGUUGUUUAAAGGCUAUUUACAGCUGAACUGGAAUUUAACAUAAAGUUAUCUAGUUCCCUUUUUUAUUUCAUGUUUAUACUAAGAAUUCCAAGAAAUAAUUCCUUCCACUGGGAUAAAGGGAAAACUGUUCAACAUUUAUUUGAUGUUUUUGCUGACAAGCAGAAUGAAGACCUUGCAUAGUUUUGACCUUUUGUGAAUCCUGUGCAAUGAAAGGGUAGGUUUCAUGAAUAAAACUAAUGAAAACCUGUCCUUGGGUCUAUAUUCAAAUUCUGAAUUUGACACAGAAAUGAGGUAUCAAAUAAAAAAACCAAAAGGCUUGUGCUGCACUGAUGAAUAAAACAUCAUAGAAGCAAGAUAUGUUUGCUAGACGUAUUUGGUUAGGAAAUGCUAUGUUGGUAUUACUUAUUUUUAUAAAACCAAACAUUUUCAAGUGGAAUACAAAACCUAGACUUUCCCGUGGGGUAGACUUCUCUGAUUCCCAAACCUGUCUGGUUGUUUUAUAUUUCUUAAGGUAAGAAAAUUCAAAAGCAUUUGUUUUGACUGAACAUAAAGUGUUUAUAGAAAUACUUAUUUCAUGGAAAAUUAAACUAUUGCUUGAACUGAUGGAAUAUUUUUUUAAUUAUACCUGGCGUGUCUAAAGAUGGUCUUGCAGGUAAAUAGCAUUGCUGGACUAAAGGUUGUGUGUUAAUUGUUCCGUUGACAAAAUUGUUCCAGGGACAUUAGUUCUGUUCUGAUUUUUUUUUUUUUUUUUUAAUUCUAAGGAAUGCCAUACCUUGUCAGUUUUGUACAAUAAAAUUUAAUGAUACCC